ACAUGUAAACCACACAAUGCCUCGCAUCCGCACCGCCAUCAUCGGUCUCUCUACUUCCGCCAUUACCAGCUGGGCCGCUUCUGCCCAUCUCCCAUACCUCCUGUCCACCCGUGGUAUUCAACACUAUGAGGUCGUCGCUCUUCUCAACUCCAGCAUACAUGCCGCCGAAACCGCACGCGCGACUUUCGAUCUUCCACCGUCUGUCAAAACAUACAGUGACCCCAGCGCCCUAGCGCAGGACCCAAACAUUGACUUAGUAGUCUGCUGCACGCGAGUGGACGUCCACUUUCGCACGAUACAGCCCAGCAUCCGAGCAGGGAAAGCCGUCUUCGUCGAGUGGCCACUGGCUGAGAACUUGUCUCGCGCUCUCGAAUUGACGGACGACAGGCCCCUGCAGGACAGUAUCAUCGGACUGCAGGGACGAGUCUCGCCUGUCACACUACGAAUCAAAAGUCUUCUCGAUGAGGGGAUCAUCGGCAAAGUCCUCAGCAGCCAUGUAUGCUCGUAUGGCGCUCUGCUCCCGCGCGAUGCACUACCGGAGGGUAUAGAGUAUUUCGCAGAGCGGAAGUAUGGUGGCAACCCCAUCAUUAUUGAGAAUGGUCAUAGCCUCGAUUGGGUGCAUGAAGUCCUGGGCGAUUUUGACGAGUUCGAGAGUAGGAUGCAGAUUCAACGUCCACGGGUCAAACUUCUAGGCAAGGAAGGCGAAGUGAAAGAGACGAUUGUGACCGAUGUUCCAGAUCUGCUUACCAUGCAGGGAACGCUCAAGGCAAGAGACGGUGAGGGAGGGGUCGUGGAGGGAGCGCUAUUCACGCAUAUCUUCCGUCAUGGGACCCCUUUCAAAGGGCAGCCUGGCUUGACCUGGAUCAUCAACGGAGAGCAAGGAGAGCUGUUGGUCACGAUGGGCGAAAGGUUUUUGUUUUUGGAAGACCCUGUGGUCAUUCAGUUGCAUGAUCACGCUACAGAUGAGGUCAAAGAAUUGGCGUGGGACUGGGCCGGUUGGCAGAAAGAUCUGCCCGUCAAAGCAAGAGGUGUUGCGGAACUGUACGAGAGGUAUGCGGAAUGGAUCGAAACUGGAAAGAACCAUGUCGGGAGGGGCAGAAAGUGGCCUACCUUGGACGAUGCUGUGCUGAGGACAAGGCAAUUCGAGAAGAUUUUCCACCAGUUUGAGGAAGCUAACGGAGGCUGUGUAGGCGGAAAGGUUUCUGGUAAAUAAAUCCUUGGCUAAAUAUGAUCUCGCUUAGACACUUUCGGCUGGGAUUUGGCGCAAGGCAAUGCACCUCUCUAUAUUGUCUAUUGAAAUUUACCAAGAACAAAGCUGACGUAAUUGUCCGGUGACUGCGCUUGGUACCUAGAACAUAACUUUUAAAAUGUGCACAGACACUCAUACACUCAACUCGGGGACUGGAUCCCUACGCGGUUGCCUAACGUGUGGGUAGACAUGGAGGGUGGUGAACAGAAAUCAGGCGACGAGAAACCUACAAACACUGCCGUGAGGCGGUCUAGUAGCAAAAGCAAGCCUAUCUCUAGCGCGAUAACACAACAUACGUGUAAGAUCUAUUGGUUAGUCUCACUACGCGAGGGCGCAGGGAGUCACGAGCUGGAUACUUGGCCUCCUUCAGAAGGGACGGCGAUUGGACACAAAUCUCGUAGGAGCCAGCCCAAUAAGCCAUAUUCUUGGACAACACGCUAUACAUACAA